AGUGGCAGCCUCAGGACCCGGGGCUGUGGUAGGUCACAGUCUCUGGGCAGGUCUCAGUGUCCAACACUGUAGCUGGUGCCUGCCAGGUUCCCAGUGGCUGGGGUCACCAGGUCUGAAGAGAGAUGUGCUGGCUGCGGGCGUGGGGCCAGAUCCUCCUGCCAGUUUUCCUGUCCUUCUUUCUCAUCCAAUUGCUUAUCAGCUUCUCAGAGAAUGGUUUUAUCCACAGCCCCAGGAACAAUCAGAAACCAAGAGAUGGGAAUGAAGAGGAAUGUGCUGUAAAGGAGAGUUGUCAAUUGUGCACAGAAGAUAAGAAAUGUGCUUGGUGUAGUGAAGAAAAAGCAUGCAAAAAAUACUGUUUUCCGUAUUUCGGUUGUCGAUUCAGUUCUAUAUAUUGGUUAAACUGUAAAGUUGACAUGUUUGGAAUCAUGAUGCUUCUACUCAUUGCAAUAUUAAUUACAGGAUUCGUUUGGUACUGCUGCGCCUAUCACUUUUACCUGCAGGAUUUGAACAGAAAUCGUGUCUAUUUUUAUGGAAGACGAGAAACAGUUCCUAUUCACGACCGCAGUGCUACUGGCAAGUGUUUUCGUUUAUUUGAUGGAAUGUCCCAGACUCCUUCAGUAACAGCUUGUUCCCUUGUUCCAAACAUCAAAAUUAAAGCAUGAGUAGGGGCCAGGUGCAGUGACUCACACCUGUAAUCUCAAUGCUUUGAAAGGCCAAGGUGGGAGGAUUUGCUUGAGGCUAGAAAUUCGAGGUUAUGGUGAACACCUUGCAUUGCAUACAUAUUGCGCCAUUGCAUUUCAGCCUGGGCCACAGAGGAAGACCCUGUCUCUGAAAACAACAACAAAAAUCAAAGUAUGGUAGGACUCAUAGCAACAGAUUUCAUUUUUCCCAUUUCCAUGAUACAUUUUGGUAACCUCAAUAGCUAUACCAGGAUUGGUAAAAUCACAGUAUUGAUAAAGAUGGGCUAACAUUUUCCAACCCAGUUGGAGAUAUUCAUAGCUUCCCCUGCUACCCCAACUCGCACUCCACAAAAGCAACCCAACAAAAGAUGAGCAUUGUCUUCAGGAAUUCUUGCAGGCUUUCCCAGAUUAAUUCACUUCAUCUACCUAGUUCCUUGGCUAACCUCCUAUCCACUCUCCUCAACUCAAUUCUAAACUUUCCCUUACUUACAAAGCUUUCCCUUAUCCGGGACUCAAAUCUUGGCUUCCUUUGGCUGAUCACCCACAGUUCCUGGGCAGGCACUCCCAAUCCUCUACCCAGGUCUGGAUCC